AUGCCGUGGGGUUGGGAAUGCAGAGCGAAGCUUAUCAAGCAAGUGCCGGCGAAGCCAGUGGAGCGCCGGGGUGCUGUCAGCGGGGAAACUAAAACCCCUGGACCUAAUAAUUACGAAGCACCGCAAAUUUUCUGUGGUAAAGGGUACUCGAAGAUUAAGCGCGCCCCGGCGUACACCUUUGGACACCGCACCAAAAUCAGUCUGGCCAAACCUGUCACCACUCCCUAUGCACCGCUCUUCAACGUCCAGGGAAUGGGUAUCAAAGGAGGGCAAUUCAGGAUAACGCACAGUGUAGUGACGCCGCACAUAGAACCAAUCAGUGACAAGUCGAAGAAACCAGGUCCGGCAGCGUACGCGCCGAAUCCAAAGCUCCGUUACAAGCGGCCCCCAGCGUACUCCAUAAGGCGAGUGGCCAAGCCCCCGUACCAAGCUUGGGACAUGUGGACUCCUCCGCCUAAUAUGUAUUGGCCGCCUGCACCUUGCAAGAAACCACCAGCAUACACUCUAGGCUACAUGCCGCGAUCAAUGACAAAGGCGAUUUUCCCCGCUCCUGGAGAACAUGAUCCCAAUUUUGACUUUGUCAAGAAAAAGAAACCGGCAUACUCAUUUGGAGGUCCAUUCAAAGAGUCCAGACUACCGAAAUUACCAGCACCAAAUACAUAUUGCGAAAAAAAGUUCAUGGUGGCGAAGAGGACAAUACCCGCACCAUCAUUUGGAAUUCGCCAUUCUCCGUAUCUUGGAAAAUUCGAUGUGCCUCUGAAGUCUUCCAAACUAGAUUUGAUUGCAAGGGAGGUUUGA